AAUGGCUCAUGGAAAUGGAAAUGGAACAUUCAAUGGAGGUUUUAUCCUACUAGGGUUCUUUGAAUAUGGAGAUAUACAAAUCUUACUAUUCUUCCUGUUCCUGAUUGCUUACCUCCUUUGCAUUACUGGGAACAUGCUCCUGUUACUUAUCAUCAUGGUCUGUUCACAUCUGCAUACUCCCAUGUACUUAUUACUGGCCAAUUUGUCCUUUGUGGACAUCUGCCUCACCUCGCUUAUUUUCCCCAGAUUUUUAUUAACAUUUUUUAACCUAAGAUCAAUCUCCUUGUCUCAAUGCAUGCUACAAGUGUAUCUGUUCAUUGGGUUUGAAAGUUCAGAAUAUCUUCUUUUGACUGUCAUGUCCUACGAUCGCUAUGUGGCCAUCUGCCACCCCCUUCAUUACCACCUAACUUUAAAUAAAAGGGUGUGUGCCCUUCUGCUAGUUGUGACCUGGGGCAUCGCUAUGUUAGAUCCUGCAGCUGUUAUUAUUUUACUAUCUAGACAUCCUUUCUGUAAGUGUUAUGACAUUAACCAUAUAUUCUGUGACCUUGUGCCUUUGCUGCAGUGCUCUUGUGGAGACAUUUUCAAAGUAGAAGUUGCUGUAUUUGUUGAAGGGGUUAUUUUGAGUAUACCCUCUUUUGUACUCACUAUAUCUUCAUAUGUGUCCAUAAUCUCUGUCAUUAUGAAGAUAAAGACUGUACAAGGAAGACAGAAAGCCUUCUCUACCUGUUCCUCCCAUGUUACUGUUAUUACAUUGCUCUAUCUGUCUCUGAUAUGUGUAUAUUUCCAGCCUCCUGUCACAGACGUUCAUCACAUCACUAAGACUGUAUCUCUAUUAAACACAAUAUUAAUUCCAUUGCUUAACCCUAUUCUAUACAGUCUGAGGAAUAAAGAAGUAAAACUUGCUCUUCAGAAACUUUCAAGGACAAUAAAGUGGAGCAACAUCAUUGUAUGUACAGUUUUGUAACCUCUACAAGCCUGUGCUCCUUUUGUAAAAGCAAAAUGUAUAAGAAACAUUUAUUGAUAUUAACUAUAAGAUGCAGUAAUAGCUCAGAACACUAUCAAACUUGUCUUUCAAUCCACGGUUAAUGGUCAGAAUACUCAAAGUACAUGAGCACAAGCAUUUUAGAAAAUGCAGUAGGUUGAAAAAUAAUAUGUGAAUAACAUUGUCAAAUACUCUCAACAGAAUAAGAUUACAUUUGUGUAAAUGAUGAUUAACAUAUUAACAAAAGAAUAUUACUAUUAAGCUUAUGCACAAUAAAAAAAAUGGUUUGUCCAAAUUGAUUCAUCAGAAAAAAAAAAUUGUUUAGGCGAGUUGGAUUUUGUCCCUGUGUUGUUUUGGUGCAGAUAUACGUUGUUUAUGCGAUUGGUUCAGGAAAAAUUAUCCUGAUGAACCAAAAAGAUGUGAAAUAUUUGCUAAUCAGUUUACUUAAAAAUAUAUACAUUUUGUUUACAGAUCAAGGGGGAAAAAAUGGGAGCAGUAAAAAAAUAUAAUAAUUAUUUAGGGGCAGAGCUUGCCCUUUAACCAGAACAGAUGCAUGGUACACAAGCUCCUGACAAACUUUUUUAGGGGUGCUAAUCCCUGCCAAUCCCUGAUAACCAGCGAUUAUUCCUGCCAACUGUGCACCACUAACAUCAGGGAUACCCGGUUAAGCAUUUCAAAUCCUUACCUGACUUUCAAUUCCUGGAAAAUCUCUGUUGUGGCCUACUGGGGACGAGGCCAAUCCCCUCACUCACCUGUUUCCUGUGGGUACCGCUGUGCUUCCCCCCUGGACUGGCGGGGGAUAUCCAGAUCCCCACAGAAUUCUCUUGGACUAGUAUUGCUGCACUCACCUCAUACUCUGAGUUGUACUUCAGCCACAUUUUAACUGCCACGAUAACCUAAGAUGGCAUCUGCUCCCCAUUUUGACGGACAGGGCCUGGGUUUAUCCAUACAGCCUCAACGCUGCUCUAUUGAAUCCUCCUUGCAAUAAUUAGAUGCGAUCUUUCAGGCCUUCUGGUGCAAGCUACUGGAGCGUGUGAGAUCCUCCCUGACUAAGACACAUUGAGACCAACAGAGCAGUACCUUGUCAGAGACAAGUGGACCCCUUAAGGCAAAAAUGCUCUCUUCUUUAGCCCUCAUCCCCUCCUGUGUCCUCUUUAGCCUCUCUUCUCUCCUGUACCCCUUCCCCCCCCAUGUACCCUGUUUAGCUCCUCCCAUAUCCGGUGCCUUUCUUCGACACCCCCUCACCCCCCCAUCCCCUGUGCUCUCUGUGAGCACUUCAUGUCAGACCAGGUAGGGGAACAGAGGCUCCUCUGCAGCGGUCAGCCUGCUCGACCAUUCUACAUGUGGACCACCCCCACACACACCUGUCUCUUAUUAGUCCACUGCCUAACCCUUUUACCCAUUGAGGCAAAUAACAUGCUUUCCUGGGUGUACUGGUGUUCAUGACACUGCAAUAGUGAAACAACUAUUUAUGCCCAAAGGAAACAGUGACAUAGAUUGGUUACAUGGCACCCAGGGAACAAAUGUAAUUUGGCACCCCUGAAUUGUAAACAAAUGUUUUUAUAUAUCACUUUGCUCCUUCCAAUCCCCUUUUUUUUAGAGAUAUUAAAUACUCUCAUUCAUAUACACACACAUACACAUAUAAAUAGAUAUUUAUUCAUAUUGUCAUACUUACAAUCAUAUAAACACAUGGACACGUAUAGCAGACACACAUGGAUAUACAUACAUACAAACUCAUACACAAACACACAGACGUAAACAUUCAUACAAAUAUUUAAAGGGAUACUGUAGUGCCAGGAAUACAAAAGCUAUAUUCCUGGCACUACCGAUCUCUCUGCCUCCCCCCUCCCUCGCACCCCUCCUACUCGCUAAGUAAAGGAUUAAAAACCCUUUAUUUACUUACCUUAUCCCAGCGCCAAUAUCUCUCGGCACUGGGUUGAAGCUCCGCCCCCUCCUCUGUCCUGUGACUAGCGGGAUCUAAUGCGCUUGUGGGGCAAAUGGUGCACGUUCAUUAGACCUCCCCAUAGGAAAUGCUUUCCUAUAGGGAAAAAUAUGAGGAUGUCCAGCAUUAGAUAAAGGACCAAAAGACUGUUACGAUUCCAGAAGCCCUCUAGCAGUUGUCUGAUAGACAGACACUGAGGGCAGACUUAGAGCUCACAGCACCCAGACCACUUCAGGGUCACAGCACCCAGACCACUUCAAUGAGCUGAAGUGAUCUGGGUACCUACAGUGUCCCUUUAAGUACACACACAGAAAGAUUCAUAUACAUAGGAUUCAUGCUUACACAUACAUAUUUUAUUUAUAUAGAGCCAGCAAAUUCCGUAGUGCUGUACAAUGUACAAUUUACAUACAGACUCAGAUAUAUAUAUACACACACACACUCAUAUACAACUACAAUACUGAUUCAUACUAGACAUUUGCAAUUCUCUUCAUUCUGAAUCAGAUUUCAUAGAAAAAUUUGGGUGCAUUUGACAUCUGACUUUUUUAAUUCUUUACAAAUCGUAAUAAACUUAAAAUUAAUGAAUUCAGAAUAAAUCAAAAAAUGUUAUUUUGGAAUCAUUCAUUUUCAUAAGGAUAGCAAAUUAGGAACUUUUCCACUGAGCAACUGAGACAGCAGAAUAUUGCUCCCUCAGUUAAUAACUCCCUGAUUUGGUAGCCAUACAUGAGAUUUCUAUUUAAUUAAGAGUAUCACAUUUGAGACUUAUCUACUAAGCAACUGAAACAGUAAAAGAAAGAAAAGGGGUAUGUUCUUAAUUUCGCGCUUUCAGCUGUUUAGUAGAUACCUACUUUGUUUUGUGGGUCACAAAAUUAGAGCGCUAAACACGGCCUUAACCUGGUAUACUUUGGAAUAAUACAAAUAUUGGCGGCCAAAUUUAAUUUUGCUUUUAAAUGUUUUUGAAUUUCAUCUAGUUUAAAAUCGAUUGUUUCUGAAAGUUAACAAACUGAAACAAAUGUUUCACCCAUGCACAUCUCUAAAUCUAACACACAUACACAUUCAUACGCACAUGCUUAAUUUUUAUUUCAUUUAUUUAUUUUUUCUAAUUGAGGUCCAGCUGUAGUGGAACCUCAUCCAUGUGGUUCAAUGGUUUGCAUCUUGCCCAGCUGCCUGCAGCUCCCUCUUUACUGAAGCCAGGGCUGGGGAGACACCACAUCCCAACAGCCAGUAGACAUACUCAGUGCACAACCAAUACAGAGUGAUCCCAACAGCUCCCUCACCACCAGCUCUGCAGCCAAUAACAACAGCCCCAGAUCAGGCACCUGCCUCAUGGCUGCCCUUCCAGAAAUGUGCCUAUAGGCAGGUGUCUGCUCCGGUGCACUGUGCACUCCCCUUCCGCCAUCACCCAGGGUCAAUGACCGAUGUGGGUUGUGCUUAUUAAAGGAAAAUGUGUUUAGUUUUUGGCAACAUUAUUGAUACAAUGUAAUAAACUGUGCUCAUGCAGGUACUCCAUUUGUAUCACUUUACAAUGUAUAUGCUUUUUUAAACUUAGAAUUUUAGUUAAAUAAGUUGUAUUACAACAUAAAAGGCAGUUCCCACUGUUUGUUUGUUUGUUUUUUUGUGUGUAAUACUUGCUAUAAAUGUAAGGGAACUGGUGAUAAAUUUAAUAUUUAACAAUCAGCAUUUCUGCUCUUCCAGAGUCCGGACGGAUUUAUCCCUUGAGGUAGAACAAUAAUUGUUUUGUCCAUUAUAACCUGUAUCACUUGGAUAUAUAUAUAUAUACAUACUGUUUAUGCUAUUGUAACAAUAAAGUAGAAAGCAAAUAUGUUUUUCUAGAACAAAAACAAAAUGUACUUGCUUUUUUGUGUAUUUAUUAAACUGCACCUUGAAGAUCAUGGUUUAAAUAUCUACAUGUUUUUUACAGCAUUUACUAAUGUACUUGUUUAGAGUAUUGUUUAGAGGUUGGGAAAAUUAAUUUACAUAAUACCUUCAAAACAGAUCUAUUUACUAGAACCUAGGGGUUUUUAUUUUAUUUCUGGCAUCGCAGCUAAGUUGAACCCGAAAUGCAAUUUGAUAACUAGCGUAACUUUGCCACAGUGCCAGUUAGGAAAAUAUUCUGAAUGAAGUGCGAGUGAUCCAAAGGAAAUUAAAUUUUUUUUUUUUAAAUUAAAUUAACAAUUUGUGCCUAAAUGUGUCUACGCCUAAGUUUGUCUUAAGUACUGGGCCAGUAAAAUAUGCAAAAGAGUAGAAAAUUAGCACACACAAAAAAGAAAAUCACACACAACUAUGGGAAGCAAUACCAAGCAAUACUCGAAAAAAAAAAGUUAGUGUUUUAGUGUGGAACCAAUAACACAGAAAACCUAACAAAAUUGUGAAACUUUUUAUUGGUUUUUUUAAAAUAGAACUCCAGUUUAACAAUCUUCAACUUCUCCUAUAUCAAGUAUCUGUAUUAUGACUAACCCAUUCCUCCAACCACAUUUCUAGAUGCCAUUGUAUUCUGUGUUAUUUGUUCUAUAUUUACUAGUUUAUAAUGAGGUACUGUAUUAUGGGGUUAGUCAUCUUAUCGAUGUUCUUUUUAUGAAGGUUGAAUGCCAUUUUCUUGCUAAAUCUCCUGUCAUGUUUUUCUGACAAAAUAGAUUUUAUUGUAAACCUGUCUACAUGAUGCCAUUUAUAAGGACAUAAUUUGUGCCUUAGGGUUGGGGGUCAAUAAUCAAGUGAGCAAGUGGGCUUCUGAAAUGAUGGUUGCUCAGCUCUAUAUUCUUAAAUUAAAAGUUCACGUAUAAUGUAGUGGGUUCAGCCCAUAGGUCUUGUCUUCAGACAAUUUAAAACAUUUCUACAGUGGGACCUGAGUUUACAAACAUCUCGGUUAACAUAAUUUUCGGUUUACAAAUGAAAAUCCAUUAAAAAAUAAUGCCUCUGCUUACAAUUUUUUUUGCAAUACAAAGCAAGUUUUUUUUGCAAUGCAUCCUGGGAGGUUUAUAGCACCACCCCCUGCAUGCUGGAGUCUGCGGGUAGCACGUGACAUCAAGUGUGGAGGUGUUGGAGUGGCUUUUGCAUCGAGUUUUGGAGCCAUUCUGGAAAUUGUUUUCAGUUUUUUGGGGACUUUUUGGUGCAUUUCUCAAACUGUGGAAAAGUAGGGAGCUGAGUUUCAUCGUUUGCAUGCCUUUUUUUGUGUGUUCUGCAUUGAGGGUUGGUUUCCAUGCCAGCUCAUUUUAACUUUUUUUCUGACCUCUAGAACGGAUUAAUUGGUUUUCAAUGCCUUGCUAUGGGAAACCACGUUUCGAUGUACAAAUUUUUCGCAAUAAGAUACAUCCCGGAGAACGCAUUAAAUUCGUAAACCGAGAUCCCACUGUCUUUCUGAAAAAUGACAAUGUAACAUUUGUCUAAAACCCUGUCUCUGGUGGGUCUUGGAUUUUCACAUGUCUACAAGCUCUGUGUCUUCAUACACAGCAUGGUUCUCUUAGAGAAUAAUUGGAACCAAUGGACAAUGCCAUAUUUUAUUGCAGAGAAACCAAGCAUUUAAAUUCUUUAAAGCACCAGGAAUACAAUGUAACUUUUUAGAUGAUCACUUGCAUACUUGAAAAUGAGAGAAAACUCAAUGUAUCCAUCCUGGUAAAAUAUUUUAUAAAUUAUAAAUAAAUAUAUAUAUUUGGUUCUGAUAGUCAUUUUUAUUGAAAUUUCGUAAUGAAUUACAUAUAGACAACACAAAAUAGCCAUUAAUACAGACAUUCACAUCUCAUAAAUAACCAUCGUGCAUAGUCUUAAUGGCGACAAACAAUACAUCAAGACAAAACUAGCUCAAGAAGCCACAAAGGGCAGCUGUACUCGGAAAUCGCCUGCAUAGAUCCAAAAUGUGUUAUAUAUUCCAGCAUAGUUUCAUAUGGAAUACAUGGAGGGAUGCAAAGAAUAUAUAUCUCCUAUAUCUCACCGAAAAAAAAAAAGAAACAAAAUGAAAAAACCCUCAUGGUGUAGUCUCCAAAAUCUCAAUCCACUUGUCCCAUAUGUUUUAUUUUUUUAGAGUUAAUACAAAAUAUGGAGACAAUGCCUUGUUCCAGUUUACACUGAUGUUUAGUAAAGUCUUUUAUAGAUUGCCAAUAUUCUACCUGUGCCGAUUUCCAGUUUCUGGCUAUAGACAUUUUAAAAGCUAGAAGUAUAUGAAUAAGUAUAGAUUUUUUAUUUAAAUGCAAAGAUGGUAGAUUAAGGUGUCCAUAUUUGUCUAAUUCCCAGAAGCCUAUUUGAGUGGAUUAAUCUCCAGCCUGAUUGUAUCAGGGGGCAAUCAUACCAAAUAUAUGUCUUUCAUUUGCUUCUAACUGACCACAUCUCCAACAAAAAAAAAAUCGUAUCUUUAGGGAACGUUUUUGUCAUUCGCGAAGGUGUCACAUACCAUCUUUUUAGCAUUUUAUACUGCAUUUCCACAAAGUUUAGACAGGUUACCGUAGCGUAUAGUGUCUGCAGAAAUGCAUACCAAUACAUGAGGUGGAUAUCUAUGUGUAGUUCUUUUUACCAACUACCAAGUCCUCUGGGACAAGUGGGCCUUUUCAUAGAUUUCAUUAUUUCUAAACAUCUCGCUAGUAAUUUAUAGUCCUUUCCCAUCAUUAUAAUAUUAUUAAGUUUCUUAAAAGAUUCUGAAUAUGUUUCCUUUGGGAGUGUUGCAGUCAGUAAACUUCUAACUCUAAUAUAACUAAAUAUCUAUUCCUUUGGAAGGUUAUAUAGUUGUUGAGGAUUUCGAAAGGAUCUAAGACUUAUGCCGUCCAAUAGUAGAGAUAUGUUAGAGAUGUUGGCUUUAACCCAUAUAGUAAGAUCUAUAUUAUCCAUUAAGUAUUUUUUUUUUUAAAUAAAUGUCAAAAUGCACAUAAAUUAUCAGGGAUAAAUUAUCUACGAUUGGCUGUGUUUUAUAGUUCUCUAGAUGCAUAUGUAUAAUGUGUGACAGUACAGCAGCCCUAUGAUAUUAAAAAUAUCCGGGAAGCUUAUUCCUCUUUGUUUCUUAUUCAGAUAUAGGCAAUUUAUGCUUAACUUUUCUACCCAGCCAGACAAGUUUAGAAAAAGCUGUAUUGAACAUUUUUAACCAAGGGGUAGGCACCUCAAACAGGACCAAUCUAAAGAAAUAAGAAUAUUUUGGCAAAAUAUACGCUUUCAAUAUAUUGACCCUGCCCCGCCAUGAGAUCUCUAAUGUUCUCCAUAAUUUUAAAGAAUGAUAGGUUCCUCUUAAUAGGAGAAAAAAAAAGUUUGCUUCAAUUAGUUUGUUAGAAUGUGCAGUAAUAUUAACACCUAGAUAUUUAUAGCUUUUUUUUACCAUCUAAAUCCAAAUUUGUUAUCUAGAUUUUUAACUUCUUGUAUGUUCAUAUAUAAUGGCAUGGCUACUGUCUUUUCCACAUUUAAUUUAUAGUUUGAAACCCAACUAAAUGUCUGUAUUGUUUGCAUCACUGCUUUAGUGGACUGUUAGGGUUGCUACUUCUAGUUAAAUUAGUUGAUCCUAAAAAUGGUCACUCAGUAGUAUAUAUUUUUCCAAAUUACCAUAAAGUUUUGUGUAGACAUGUAUUGAUGUUAACAAAUAUUGUGUAAACAUCUGAACGAGAGUCUAGAUUUCUGAGUUCUAAUGAGGCAUUUUCUCAAAGCAAUUUUAACGUCUUUGUUACGCAGACUAUAUAUAAGUGGAUUCAGAGUAGGGAUUAGAGCAAUAUAGAGCACAGCAAAAAACUUGUCAUGCUCUAGAGAGGAUACAGAUUAGACUUGGGCAUUUCAGAAAUUUUCGUUUCGUACGAAUGUAUUCGUACGAAAAAGAAAAUACUUUAGUCAGAACCGAAUUUCGUCAAUUCUUUCAUUCGUUUUCGUACGAUAUUCGGUAGUAUUUUCGUUUCGGCUAAACUUGUUCGUUCAUUCGGCGCGAUUUAAUUGAGCCAAAUGAAUUGAAUACAUAAAACUAUGUUCCCUAAUCCCUAAAUACCGAAUAGCUUCAACCGAACUCAGUAAAACCAUUCGUUUCAAAUGUUGUACAUUGCUAACAACAUGGCAUUGAUUGAAUUGUAUUACGCUUAAAACUCCCGAACCGUCAAAUGCACGAACGCUGGCAUUCGCAUGAAAAUGUAUUGGCGCUAUUAGUAAAUUACCGAACACCAUUCACUAUAGUCAUUCGUAUGUCGAAUGGUAUUGCAAAUACAAUGCAAUCAUAAAAGUCAGUUCCCUAAUCCCUAAAUAGCGAAUAGCCUCAAGUGAACGCAGUAAAACCAUUCAUUCGUUUACAUUUUCGUACAUUGAUCUCCCAACACAUGGCAUUGAACAAUGUUCUAAUCUAUUUACGCCUAAAACUCCCGAACAAAUUCCCGAACCGUCAAAUGCACGAACACUGCCGUUCGCAUGAAAAUGUAUUGGCACUAUUAGUAAACUACCGAACACCACUUACAAUAGUCAUUCGCAUGUCGAAUGACAUUGCAAAUGCAAUGCAUUGCUUUUGCUUAGUUUCUUGGGCUCAUGAAUCAUCAUGCUUCCCUGACAGGUGGUACUGGCAACACAGUAUCAUUUUAUAAGGGAGUGGGAAAGAAGUAGUAGCCAAUUAAAUAGGCUUUUACAUACUGCCAGACAAAACUGUAGAAAAAAAAGUAUCAACUCAAGGCAGUCCUUCAAUGCAAAAUCUAUCCAGAUUUUCUAUAGGCCAGCCAUUCAGCCAUUUUGGAGCUCAGCCAGCCCACCACCCUGUCAGCCAUUUUAGGCACUUGAACACUGAGCCUGCCAGAAGUGGCCAUGUCCUCCUCCAGCUCCUCAAGUGAGAUAGAAGUCAUGGAUGUAGUGGAGGGGGGCAUUGGCCACUCUGGCCAGGAGAUAGGAGAAGCAAGUGGGAGAAGCAAGCAGAAGCAGAGGCAGCCCAGGAUCUUAAAAAGAGCAGAUCCUGGGAGGAAGAAUAAAUAUGCAGAUAGCUUUCGUGCAGAGGAGAAUACAGUACUGGUAAACAAACUUUGCCAGUACUACCAAUGUAUAUUUGGGGGAGCAGCCAAAAAGAGUUCCAGAGCACAGAAGGAAAAUCGGUGGAGGAAGAUUGUGGCAGCGGUGAAUGCUGUUGGAGGGAACAACCGCACCGAGGACGUGGUGAAGAAACGGUAAGUGCACUUAUAUUCCUAAAAAAUAAUUUUCUUUAUGCCAUGUUUUAUUAAAACUUUUUUUUUUCCUCCAUGUGCUUUUGCUACACACACCCACUAGUGGCAGCUAUGCUUUUAAAGUCUUUUAAAAGUGAGGGUUGGGUCACUUAAGCACAUAGAGGGAAAAAACACCAUGUGCUUUAAAGGAACACUAUAGUGAUAGGAAUACAUGUUUGCAUUCCUGUCACUAUAACUGUGAAAACACAGUUUAACCUCCCUCUCAGCAAUGUAACUGUAAUUAAAGGGACACUCCAGUGCCAGGAGAACAAACCGUCUCCCACCCCUCAUCCCAGGGGGAGACCAAUUGUGCAUGCGCUGCCGCCGGCGGGGUGAGACCUAAUGCGCAUGCGCUGCAAUGCUGCACAUGCACAUUAGACCUCCCCAUAGGAAAGCAUUGAAAAAUGCUUUCCUAUGGGGGUUUCAGCGACGCCACUAGAGGAGGAGUUAACCCUGCAAGGUAAAUAUUGCAGUUUAUGAAAACUGCAAUAUUUAUUUACAGUUGCAGGGUUAAGGGUAGUGGGAGUUGGCACCCAGAAGUGGUCUGGGUGCUUGGAGUGUCCCUUUAAUUACUCAUCCUUAUAGCAGAGCUGUGCUCUGCCUCCUUGGCUGCGAUCUUCAUAAUUGACAAGAUCAGCAAAUCCAAUGCUUGGUCUGGGUGCCUAUAGUAUCCCUUUAAACAUGUCAGUAAACAUAUAUAUAUAGAAACAUAUUAAAGUAAUUAAUCAAUUACACAUGUCAUCAUGUCAUUGCAGUUACUACGACAUCAGGCGGAUGGUGAAGAGGAAGGUGAAGGCAGCAGCCGCCUCAAGGAAGACAGGAGGCGGUUCACAAGAACCGGACCUGCUGCCCUAUGAAGAGGAGCUCCUGCAGUUCCUGGGAAGAGAAAACCUCCUUGGGAUUGAGGGGACACCUGGCACUGAAACAUCUGAAGGUACGAUGUUAAAGGACCACUAUAGUGCCAGGAAAACAAACUCGUUUUCCAGGCACUGUAGGGUAAUUAGGUCCCUCCCCACCCUCGUGGCCCCCUUCCCACUUCAGCCACUUACCUUUCUCCAACCCCUUCAGCCACUUACAUUUCUCCAGCGCAGGGCUCCCUCGGCGCUGGGGAACACUCCUCCCUCUGCCGACGUCAGCUCCGAAUGCGCAGCAAGAGCCGUGCACGCAUUCAAACCACCCAUAGGAAAGCAUUACUCAAUGCUUUCCUAUGGACGUCCAGCAUCUUCUCACUGUGAUUUUCACAGUGAGAAUCGCGGAAGCGCCUCUAGUGGCUGUCAGUGAGACAGCCACUAGAGGCUGGAUUAACCCUCAGUGAAACAGCAGUUUAUCUAGAACUGCUAUGUUUUCAGCUGCAGGCUUUAAACUAGAGGGACCUGGCACCUAGACCACUUCAUUGAGCUGAAGUGGUCUGGGUGCCUAUAGUGGUCCUUUAAAUUCAUAUUUGUUAGUCGAAAUGUACAUAUAUCAGUUUGCUUGUGUUAACCUUCCAAUGUGUGUUUUCUAUGCCAUCAGUGCAAGCCCCUCAAUCCCCAGAAGAGGCACCAGGAACUGCAGGAGAUGCUGUCUCCACGGAGAGCGGGGCAGCAGGUUCACCUCCUGUCUCCCUGGAAAUGCGCCUGGCUUCACUUUCCUCUCGUAAGUACUUGCAUAGCAUUGUUAGAUAAAUGUUAUGUGUGUGUGUGCGUGCGCAUUUAAACAUACACACACGUAUGUGAUUUUACUGUAUAUGAAGUUAAUUUAUCACAUACAUGUAUUUCAGGCCAUCCGCAACUUGUCGACGUUUCUUCACCACGUACGAGUGUGGUUUCCCUCCAACAGCCGGCCACUGGUGUCCAGGAACAGGGAUCCACUGCUGAGCGUAAGUAAAAAAUGCUUUAACUGUACACAUUUUCUUUGCAGGCAUACUAGUUUAUGUAACAGGCGGGGCCGGGUCGACCGCAAAGCAUACUAAGCAUCUGCCUAGCAUGUGCUGGCCAGGGGGCUAAAUGUCUGGGUGACCAGCAGGGGUGGGGGGGAGCUCACAUUGCUCCUCUCCUUCUGUUCACUUUAUGUACUGUGGCUGAGUGGACCACGUGUGAUCUUAUCUACCAUCUUCUUGGCCUGACAGGAAGCUGAGUGCAACGAUCAGCUUCCUGUCAUGCAGAAAAAACAGGAGAUUCUCUACCUGGGGACGCUCGUCCACGAUACAUGUAGUGAGAUUAGAAGGAAAGGGAGGUGGGCACAAAGACAUGCAAACAGACAGAGAAAGGGCUAGGGGCGACAAAGAUGCAUAACUAUACUUAGACAUAAUAAUAAAUUAAUAGCAUGACUGCAUAUAUCUUAUUUCCAAGUUUAAAUAAUAUUGUUUUACAGAUAAUAGUAAGCAUUGCAACAUAUGACACAUGCUAACAAUGUUCUUUCUCUGUUCUCCCCUAUAGGUUCUGAUG